AUGACUCCAUUCGAGUCAUUUUGGGGCAAGAAACCAAAUGUUAGUACAUUAAGACCGUGGGGAAGUAAAUGCUACGUACUAGAUCAAACCGGAGAUCGAUCUAAGUUAGACGCGAAAGCAUUCCAAGCGAUAUUUGUUGGAAUAUCGGAAGUACAAGGCAAAAGCUGGAGAUACUACAAAUCAGGACUGAACAGGAUAUUACACUCGAGGAACAUUACCUUUCUGAGAGUAAACACGGUUAGUGAAGAACCCGGAAUCGACCAGGAUUGGGGAGAUACAGUUGCUCCGCCCGAGGGGGAGAUGACUCAUGCCGACAGCGCUGCGGAACGACCGAAAGAACCUGCUGGAACAGGGGGAGUGCAUACAGUCAGCAAGGAAGAAAAGAGUGACUCGAACGAACCUGUAGAUAUAAAAAGUGAGCCUAAGAUUGAACAAAAAGCAUCCAACAAACCAACAAAACUCACUCACAAUAACGUACUUAAACCUUAUACUACUCGUUCUCACUCUGCUAUGCGCAUUAACCCUAGCGCGACUACGAAUGCACUACAACAACUCAACACACUUACGUCCGGAACCGACAACGCAGGAGUCCGAACCCGCAGUUGGAAUCCUAACGUUGCUCCCAUUGAACUCGACAACGUGCAAGGAGGGAUUACCCUCAAGAUCCGGCACCCUCCCAUGUCCGGUCAGUCAGGUUCUCAGCCAAAGAACGAAACUGCUAACCUUUUAAUAGAGUUCUCCGAUGUCCCUAUCACGCCCAGCGACCCCAAUAGCUCCGACGACACUGUACCUAGCGCAUACAACUUCUUUGACAGUCCCUCCACCGUACUACCCACCGAUACCGGCACCCCGGACCUUACCUACUCGAUGGUCACCCCAACAACACCCGAACCAACCAUCGACGAACUUUGCGAACAAUUCGAACAGCUAUACCUCAAUGAACCAUCGAUCCCCAAACAGCCGAACCCCACCUUGGCGUCGUCCGGAGAUAUGGAACCAACGUGGACGUUCAUCAACAAUGAACCGCCGACGCCGACGACCAACAGUCCUACCGUUGCGGAGGCGCUAUCCGGGCCAAACGCAGAGGAAUGGUGGAAGGCGAUGGCCAAGGAGGUCAGCACCCUUGAACAAAUGGGAACGUACGAACUAACAGACUUACCACCCGAACGCAAGGCGAUGGGGAACAAAUGGGUCCUCGUACUCAAGCACGACGAGAACAGCACACCCAUCCGACACAAGGCAAGACUCGUAGCCCAAGGAUUUAGUCAGCAACCCGGCAUUGAUUUUGACAAGACAUUCGCACCCGUCGUACGUCUUGAUUCAAUCCGUACGCUCGUAUCAAUCGCUAACCAGUACGAUUGGGAUAUACAACAGCUUGAUGUAAACUCGGCUUACCUACACGCCGAAGUCGACAAAGAUUUAUACAUGCAGCAAAUCCCUUAUUUUAGCGACGGUACGAACAAAGUGUUAAAAUUAAAGCGAUCAAUUUACGGACUGAAACAAGCAGGACGGAUGUGGAAUAAACUAUACGACACAAAGCUGAAAGCGAUCAGAUACACACCAUGCUUUACCGACGCAUGUGUAUACCACCGAAUCAACAACAUUAACGGUGAGCUGUGUGUGUCAAUCAUAGCUACACAUGUUGACGAUUCAAUUGUCAUAUCAUUGCCGAACCACUCUGAUAUUACAAUAUCCGAACUCUUGCGCGCAUUCAACAUGCGCGACCUCGGACCAAUACAUCACUUCCUUGGAAUAGCAUUCCAACGCAAUUGUAAGAAUGGCAUCAUCACACUCAACCAAGCAGCAUAUAUUAACUCACUAGUUGAUUAUGCAGACCUUGCAGAAGCUUACCCCGCCAACACUCCUUUUAGCCCGACCGUACAACUCACUCAAUACGAAGGAGUCAAACCGAAGUUCAAUUAUGGUACAUACAUUGGUAAGCUACUGUAUGCCGCCCUAUGCACACGACCAGACAUAGCUUACGCUGUCGCACACCUCGCACAAUUUACUUCGUGCUUUGGUCCGGCGCACGUGACAGCAGUUAAGCGCCUAGUACGCUACCUAAAGGGCACACCAGCUCUUGGGAUAACAUAUCGCCGAUCAAACGAAGACUUCGGCGAAUUAGGCUAUUCUGACGCCAAUUGGGGAAGCAACUUACUAGAUCGUAAGUCUGUUUCCGGUCAUGUGUUUAUGCUUGGAGGAGCUGCUAUAUCUUGGUCAGCUAAGAAGCAAGCAACUGUCGCCCUAUUGACAAUGGAAGCGGAGUAUAUGGCGUUAUCUCACGCAUGUACUCAAGCUAUGUGGCUCCGUCAAUUUUUUGAGGAAUUACAAUACGUUGCUGACACACCAACAUUAAUCGUUUCAGACAACCUUGCUGCGCUCGCUCUGUCCGAAGAAUCGCAAUUCCAUGGAUGA